GCGACAGCAGCAGCAGUCUCCAUCUGCAAGUCCAGGGAAGUGUAAACGUUGAGGCCCAGAAGCCCUCCUCCUUCUGCUCCUUCUGCUCCUUCUCGUCGAUGUGGAGAUGCAUUUCAACACUUGGCCUGUGAUCGAGGCGACGAUGACGUCUCUGCUCUCAGCGGGGGAUCAGUGAGAGGGCGAUCUUGUAAGUUCCUCUCUUCUAGACAAGCUCGCUCUUUUGUCAGCGAGCCUGCGUUGUCAAGAUGGGAGAAUGGCCUUUUCACUCGAAGACCGAGGAGGAUGCUCUCGCUUGAAACGACGGACCCACCAGUUGGCAACCAGCUCAAGUAGCGCAUCGUGAGCUCGUGAAAUCUGCAAAUGUCAGCUGAAUGAAUGAUUGAUUGAUGACCGGCGGGAGGUAUCUGUGUCUCCGCAGAAUAGCAUCUGAUGGGGUGGAAGGUGAAGUUCGAGUGCGAGUGCGAGUGCAGAGGUAAAAAUGCAAUGUGGGCUCGCCGGAGUGUGGGAGAAUUGGAAAUGACGGAGGCCGAGCGAUUUGUGCUGUGAGGAGGACCGAGGACCGGACUCGAAAGAUGGAAAGUAAGCUGGAGAGGGAGGGGUGGCGACUGCAGCCAGGGGUGGUGCAGGGGAUAGUGGAGCGACUCCAGAAGGAGGGCGUGAGGGAUCUGGAGACGGCGCUCAGGACGGAGCUGCUGGACUCGGAUAUCAAGUUGACCGGCGCUAAGUGCCUGCCGGAUGCGCAGUCUUUGCUGCAAAUUCGCAAAUUGGAAGGGUUUUAUGUCCUCCAGGUCUUACACAUCAAUGAUAUCAGUGAAAGCAGUAAGUCUGUGCACGCGGGGCAAAGCGAACACAGACUCUUGCGCUUUCGACUUUCUGAUGGGCAUUCGACGGUCACGGCCAUAGAACAUUCUCACGUGCCUUCAGUUUCUGCAGAUCUUCCUCCCGGUACGAAGGUUAUAUUGGGCAGUCCAGUAUCUGUACACUCGGGGAUUUUGUUGCUGGAGCCUAAGUGUAUACGGGUACUUGGUGGCCAUGUACAAGCACUGUAUGACGCAUGGGAGAUUGACCGAAAAUACUCCGGGCUUGCUCGAGAGGAAGCAAGUUUACGCAAGACAAAGGCUCAAGAUGGAACUGGGCCGCCUCCUUUUCGGGCUCUGCAACUCGGUCGAGCUGCCAGAGCAACAAAAGCGUUGCAAGCUGUCCAAAACAACAAUAAUAUUCGAAAUGCCGUCGGUAUAGGUUCACCGCGGGGACCAGCUUCAAAUGUCGCAACAAAUCAAUUUUCGACCUCUCGUAAGGAAGAAUUGGCACCUUUACCCGCUGCAGCACCAGUUCAGAUUUCAAAAGAGGAGGCUAGAUUAGUAAGCAGACCUAGACCAACCAUUCGCCCAGGAGCAGAACCUUACAGGCCCCGCGUGGGAGGUUCAGCAGCUAAGGAUUCCCCAACAGGAACGAAAAGUAGCCCCAGCAUGGAGUCAUCUCCAGCGUCACCGAUGUCUGUCUUUAGGGAGGCCAGUCCACAACAUGAACAACAUUCUGUCCAGUCUCAACCCCAUGAAGCAAGACCAGUUAGUGAGGGUACGGGUUUUCCAAGAGUAUCUUCAGCUCUGCAGGCAGCUCCGUUUGUUGGAACGGCUGCUAUGGAACCUUCAAUAUCACAGAGAGCUGCAACAAGCCUGGACCCAGGACUUUCUGCGACUCCAACUGGCAGAACAGAGAAAGAAGUGAAAGCAGAAGGAGAUGAGAGGUCAAAAGCAAUACAAGACGUCCUUGAUCUUGGAAUAGAGGCUGUGGUUCCACAAAAUCGUCAAGCUGCACAGAAACUCUUGGAGAAGCAAAUCGAUACAGAUUGGAGAAGAGGGCGUGGUCGAGGGGGAAGAGGAGGAUUUGAGGAAAGAGGCAGGGGAGGUAGGAGAGGAGGCAGGAGAUCAGACGAGGAUGAUUCAUCUGUCAUGACGUUGGAUGAGUGGGAAGCGAGGAAAAGCUCCGUAAAUACUGCCACAAAAGUGGCCAACAUCAGCAGUAGGGCAGGAGGAAGCAUCCUGACAGACGAGCAGCUGGCUUUGCAGCUCCAGCAUCAGAUGGAUUUAGAGGCUUCACAAGGUUACCUGGGCCAAGGAAGUACAUCAAAGGAAGCGGAUGCUGCAGAACAAUUGAGGAUGAGUAUGUUCAGCUUCACAGGAGAAACCAGAGGUGAAGAAGAUAGCAGAGGCAGAGGUAGAGGAAGAGGGAGGGGCCGAGGAAGGGGCAGGGGCAGAAGACAUGGUUGAGCUCCUCGUUUUGAGAAGCAACGCACGUUCUCCUUACAUCUUAGAUCUAGAAAAAUCAUGGGAGCUUAUAGUUUAAUUGCAGAUCAGGUCCACUGCGCAUGCAACAUUGGCUCAUCUCAACCAUGAUGACAGUCACGUAGCCAACCUUUUCAAGAGGAUGCAUCCUGAAGCUGAUUAUGUUUUCUAUCACAGAAACCAAGAAGGUGACUUAUGUGACUUUGCUAUUUCCACUACCAACGUUGUGGACAGUAGGCAUCGAAGAGCAGUACAACGUGGAAAGUUGAGCGGAAUAUCAAAGUCCGAUACAUUUUACACUGAGUAUCAUUUUGAGGUUCAUACUGAUUGUUUCUGACCAGAGUGACAGCCGCCUUCAUUAUUGUGGUUGCAUUAUACCGCUCUUCCAAUCUUGUCGAAACUGUCUUCACUAUGAACUGUUUCAUUUGUGAUGACAUGGUGUAAGAAGACACCGGAAAGGAAAUUCAAUGCUAGAUUCCUCGAAGACCAUAAAGAGGGAGGUGUUACCGUGUACAUUUUUCGUGGUAAUGUGUCCUAUCUUUUGUCUGGCGUGAGCUGGAGUUAGCAACUUCCUUUGUGAAUACCGUCUACAACGAGCUAUGUGAA